GGGUAACUAGGAACAAGAACAGAAUACACACUCAUACACACACAGAAAGAGAGGGAUGUAACUGGAUUUUUCUAUCAGCAUACAGCGUGUGUGUAUGUUUAUGUAGCUAAUGCUGGUCGGCAUUGUGCUGCAUGUUCUCGAGAAGAUGGGACACAUCAAUCCGGACUUGUGAGGUGUGAGGUCGUAUUGGUUCUGUUCAAGGCCCCAUGGAGCCUGAUGUGAUUCGGAUGUACUCCUCCUCUCCGCCCCCUAUGGAGGAUGGUGUUGAGGAUGAUGAAGACGAAUUCAGUGAUUUUACCAGCGUCCCAAACAGCGUCAGUUUCACAGAAUUUGACACGCCCAUUUCGUUUGACCAGUCUCAGGCUUUGAACGCGACCUCACCACCGGAGUUACUAAGUAAUGGCAAAAUUGUGGGUUUAACUCAACCUGCAGGCUCUGUGAAGUCUAACGGUGUGUCUCUCGGCAGUGGCCACAAUGGCACACCAAAUGGCAGAACAGUUAACGUAGAGGAACUUAAAAAGUUCACAGAGCAUCAACAAGCUCAUAUCAACUCCCUGGAGUUUGCAGAGGGCUCUCGGACUGAUAACGGCGCCAUUGACUGCAAUGGUUCCGUUGAAGUGCUCACAAAUGGAUUUGUUACGUUAGACAAAGGAGGAAAGCCUCCUCAACCCCACGUUAAUAAGGAAACAGAGCCCACCUUAGACUGCUGUGUUGAUGUUAGUCCAGUUGCUGAUGAUGACUUUGCAGACUUUUCUGCUUUCAACCACAACCAGAAUUCUGAUGGAAAUACAGAUUGGGACCAUUUGAAUACAAGCAUGGCACAAGAUGAUCUUGGUGAGCAAGCCGGUGCUGAAGAACAAAGAAUUUCUUUAGAGGAUGUUAACAGGGACUCAAGAAUAAAAGGGUGUGAUUUUCCCGCUUCCUCUUCAGUGAACUCAGAGGGCCUAAGCAAUGGAGAUUGGGGUUCCCAUGUAGAGACGGAUUUGGAUCAAAGGUGUCUAGAAACUGAUCAUUUACAUCAGGAUGCUAAUACUACUGAGGAGGUCAGCACAGAUCAACCACCUGUUCUUAACGGUGUUGCUCAAACCACAAAUGAUGAGGAAGGCACAGUGGACAACAGGGUGUCAUCUGACUCCAGCAGCGAGAGAUGUAAUGGUGAACAAUCGGAUGAGAAAGGCUCAGAGAAUGAGACCGAAACGGAGACUGAAACCGAGACGUCAUUUGGUCGUCCACUAUCAACAGAUGCACUUGAUGAAUUUGGGGACUACAGCACAACAGGAUCCGUGCCCUCUCCAGUGCUUCAGGAGGAGACAGCCACUCCCGCCGAUCACAGUCAGAUGGCUGAGGAUGACGAUGAGGACUUUGGAGAUUUUGGUGACUUUGGAGAUGCUAACUCUUUUGGUGGAAGUGGAUUUGCUGAUUUUGACCAGCAAGGGACAACAACACGGAUUGCCCCACCUAAAUCAGACCCUGACAUCCCUGCGGAAGUUGAAUUUAGCGAUUUAGACCAAUCAAAAGAACCUAGUGAAGCGAGGUUAGCAGGCGAGGAAGGAUCAACGUUUGCCGCCUUUCCUGAAAGUGAUAGUUUUGCAGAUUUCACCUCGGCACAGGGUGUUGAAGCUGAUGAGAGCAGAGGAUGGCAGGCAUUCUCUGAACCGGAUCAAACACAAGAUGAAGGAGAAUCAUGGGCAUCGUUUGGGCAGGACACAGCCUGCACCGAAAUGUCUGGGGAUGACUGGCAUGAAAGCCAGACCGUUGUUCCGUCCCCUACUGAAGAACGCAAAAGUUGCACAUCGUCCAUUCUGGUCAGCCGUUUGGAGAAGAUUUUCCAGGCCAGUUUUCAGCGGGUUCCUGCUCCUCAGGUAGAGGUGGAGGAAGGGCUUCGUACACUCAACACCUUCCUCAAACCUCCUGACACAUCACAACAGGAAGAUGGAGUCAGAGAGCCUGCCAAUGGGAGACUGAAGGACGUUUGGUGGCAGGUACAGGAUGUUAAUAAUGCCUUUGGUCUCCGGUACCAGUGGGGUGGUUCUCAUACCAAUAAGGUGCUGCUUUGCUCCUUGGGGAUUGACACAAGAAAUAUACUGUUCACAGGCCAAAAAAAGCAGCCUGUAAUUGUGCCAAUGUAUGCUGCAAGUCUGGGGAUGCUGGAACCCACUAAAGAACCAGUAAAGCCUGUGUCAGCGGCUGAGAUGAUCGCCUCCAUAGCACAAUCUCCUUCGGCUACUGCAGAAUUAAACACCUGCCCAGCCGACAUCAACCAGGAGUCCCUUCCUCCCGUUCAGUUUGACUGGAGCAGUAGUGGCCUUACAAACCCUCUAGAUGCGAGUGGAGGCUCAUCUCUCCUCAACCUUGAUUUUUUUGGUCCUGUGGACGAGUCGCCCUCAGGCACCGCCACCUCCAUACCAGGUGUGGACCCAGAGCUGUAUGAGUUGACCCAAGCAAAGCUGGACACCAACGGGGGCAGUAGUCGAGUCAUCGAUGCGUUUGCGCGCUUAAUGUCAACAGUAGAAAAGACCAGCACCUCCACCAGCAGAAAGCCUGUGCAGAAAGAGGAGAAUCUAAGUGAAGAGGCUCGGAGAGUGAUCGCAGGGCUGCCGGAUCUCUCCUUCAUGCAGGCUAAAGUCCUGAUGUUCCCCUCUACGCUGACUCCUCUCCUCCCCUCCUCGUCGCCCUCACCUACGCCCGACUGAUGUGUUCUUGUCCACCACUUUAUUACACCACUCUUUAUUUACGUAUCAUUUGCCAGUUAUUGUUAAACCGACAGUUAUGUUUUUAAUUUUGUCCUCCUGGUUCACUGUUUGUCGUAUUUUUGGCUUUUAAGCACAUUGCCAUACAUUACAGUGCGAGAUGUUACCUGAUCGAUUGCUUUAGGAAAGAGAUAAUAUGUAGAAAAUAUAUUUUUAUUUGUAAAUCAAGAGUAGAAAAGAGUUUUGUGUUUAUAUUAGAGCCGAUCUGUAUAUAAUCAGGGAUGCGAUUUUCUUUCAAGUAUUUCUCUGCGGUUUAGUUGAAUGUGUGUAUGAGAGAGAGAAGUGGCACUUUUUAAAAAGAACACUGGUCCAAAAGUCCUUUGAUGGCACAAGUAAUGACACAAAAUAUUUGAUCUGAAUUCGGAUGCAUAAUAAUAACAACCUGAAAACAAACCACCGGCAAAAUGGAGCUUUGAUUUCGUCUAACAAGACCUUAGUUUUUAAAAGUUAUGAUUACAUUUACACUACUACUAAUUUUGCUUUUACUUUAGAUUUUCCAUCGAGUUCACUAGUCAUUACAAAUGACUUUUUUGUUUAGUUAAGUUUAAUUGUUAACCGCUUUCAACCCUGACAAGUUAUGAGACAACUAUAGAAAUCAGCUCAUAUUUCUGUGUCCUUUUGAUGUGUUUUUUUUUAACAUUGUAGUUAAAACACUGGCAUUGAAAUGUAAUGUAGCGAAGGAAUCAUGUGGAUGAUUAACUUGAAUAUAUAUAUACAUAUAUUAAGAAUAAGGGACCAAUAUCUACUGUAAGGUUUUGCUAAUUUCCCUGUUAUCGGUGUGUUUAUGGUAUUCAUUCUCAUGCUGUAUCUGUUUUAUAGCUCUGCUAAUUCUUAACCGAGUCUUAGAGGACUUUUGCCUGAAGGAAAUGUUCACCAGAAACACCAGUUAAGCAAAAUCUGACAUUUAUCUGUUUCAGUUCUUUUUUUAGUUGUAUCACUGGUUGUUCUGUAUCAUGGAGGAUUUUGCACAUUGUAAAAAAUAUACAGAAGAACUGCUUACAUAGUUAACUGUGGCUUCGGACUGUGUACAGUCAAACUAUGGAUCAUGUAAAAAUUGUUACGGGAAAAUUCCUAUGGAAAAAUCAUACAGAUGAAUGAUAUCUCUAAAGAGCCUUUACCGAGGUCAAUCGCGCAUGCCCGGUUUCUUUAGGGGGGAAAUUAAGUGUGUAAAUUUUCUGUAAGUGUACACAAGAUAUUAAAAUAAUUUAAGAGAAA